AUCAUCUUCACUCUGAGCCACACAUGGAGCGGACGCAGCUUAUAGUUAACAAUGAAGACGUUCUCAUUCUUCUUUCUCUGCAUCAUCUUCAUGGCAGGUUCUGUCUGGGUGGUCCAGGGAAGAGGUCUACAGGUCAGGAUUGAUGAUACGGAGCUGGAAGAACCUGUUCUAGAGCAACAAGGGAUUCCGGGUCUUUGCUGGGCAUGCAAAUGGGCUUUGAACAAGCUGAAAAAAAGCCUUUCAAAAAAUGCCACUGUAGAGGCCAUUAAGGCAAAACUGAAAGCUGUCUGCAAUGGGGCAGGACUUUUAAAAUCAAAGUGCAACAAGUUUGUGGAAAAACAGCUGGGGGUUCUGGUUGAGGAGCUCACAACCACCGAUGAUGUGAAAACAAUUUGCAUCAACACAGGAGCGUGCAAGUCAAAGGAACCGCUGGACCUGAUCUUCUUCACAAACAGAGAACCCCUGCGUAUCAAGAUCAGUGAACUCCCUUAACCUAUCAUGCAACGAUGUAAACCAGCAACAUAAAAGAAGCUUUAUUUUUGCAGGACUAAUCCCGUGAUAAAAGCUUAUGAUAAAUGGUGAAGUCAGGACAAAACACAUCUUUCAGAAUUAAAAAAAAAUUACUUUUCACUUUUGGACAUCCAAACAUUUUCAAGUAUUUAUAUUCUGCAAUGAGAGUUAAAGUAAAUCUAACCCUCUUUAGGGAAUUGCUUUAAUCCAAUGGAGGUGCUGCUCAGAAACACACAAAAUUAGCUUUUUCUUAAUAUUGCCUCCUUUCAGGCUUGUGGAUGUAUGGCCUAUAGUUUCCAUUGCCCAUGUGUCUGUUUCUCACUGUGGCCUCACAAAGCGGUUAACUUGUUGCAACCACAUACUGCCCUUGAGCAGAAGAUGGUUGAAAAUGAGUUUUGUGUGCAGUUUAAAGCUGCGUGUGUGGCUGCGCUGUGUCAGCUGCGAUAGUUUCAUACAUGUAAAGAGCAAAUAAUGAACCUUUCUGUGUUGUUUUUCUUUCCUUUUUGCAAGCCAUCUUUGUUUUGUAUUUCAUGUCCAUACUGUGGACAGCAGUUAAUGUUGUUUUUUUGUCUUCAAUAAACUUGGCA